AUUAAAAAUCCCAAAAUUAAAAUUAGAUCCCUAAGUGAUCAGGAAGAGCUACAUGUAAAUUUAAAAAUUUUACGUUCCAAGCCUUUUUUUUUUUCUUCACAUUAUUUUAUUAUUUUCAUAUCAUUCAGCAAGUUUUCAAAACAUGUGUCAAAAACUCAAGAUGUUUUUAAAACAUUUGUGGUCAUUCACAACUAUUUUUUAAAAACUUUAAUUGCACCAUAAACUUAGUGGAUUGUGUUUAAUCACUUGGCAACUUUUGAUUUAUUAAUUAUCUUACUUUAAACUUCGAUUUUUUUUUACUGUUUACAUAUCCGUACAAAAUGUUGAAAAUCAAAGAGAGGAAAACAAAAGAAAUUAGCUAUAACGCUCGGAAGUCUGUUUACCUGCUUAACUCGCCUUUAAGCUAUCUACCUACAAACCAACUUCCAUCAAAUAGAAGUGUUCUUCGAUAUUACUUGUUCCUAACUUCAGCUAGAGAUAAGCGAUUCAAACCUAUCAAAAUAAACUUUUCAUGUUCUCGAGCACAAGAGGAUGUUAUAUGUUAAGGGAAAGACGAGUUUUGUAAUUCAAAUACCGAAAAAUACUGUUUACUCCGACAAAUUGUAAAUAUUUGGAAGUCUGCUGGUUUCAGUAAUUACUUAAUUUCUAAGAGAAGUAUAGUGGAAAAGUUUAAAUCUCUAUACAGCAAAUACAAAACUUUGUGAAACAGUAAAACCUUUCAAAUCAAAAACCAAAUUUCCGAACGCCACAAAAAUGACUUUUACAAUAUGGUAGAGCAAUUGUUUGACAUCAGUGCAAAGGACUUUGAGAUGAAGUUGAGACGCGAUGAAUCAAUGCCUUGUGAUACUUCUGCUUUACAAGAGGAUUUGGCCUUCUUAGAUGAUCAAAGAACUAACAGAAAUAUGAUCAUAUCUUCUAAAAUUGAGACAGAGCUUGAAGCAAGGUUUCAGAGAAAGAUUGAUAGAUGCAAGAGGAAAGAAGAAUAUAAAGAUCGAGUACAGAAGAGCAAUGAUUCGAUAAUUCAUGACAACAAAGAAAAAAUUGGGGAAAAAAGGCAAUGGAAUCACAACUUUUUUCCUAACAAUGAUAUAAAUUUCAGUUUCGCAAGUGAGGAUCCUACAGAACCUAAAAAAACAAGAGCUGAAUCACAAUUAGAGUUUCAUAGAAAAGUUAUGUUCCAACUUGCUGAAAUUAAAAACAUUUUAGUAAAUAAAACUGCACAGUUUUUUAAUGAUCCAGAAGGUUAUAAACAACUUAAAAGUUCAGAUGAAGUUAAUGUUUUGAAAAGAAAAAUUGCAAAUGGAUAUAUCCAAUACAUCACUUUUGUAAAACAGUUAUCAUUAAUUGGAGGUAAAAAUUCAGUUGAUACAAUUAAAAAUGUUUUGCUCUUACUGACAACAGACACUAUUUUCAGAAUGCAGCAUGAAUGGUCUAAAGAAGAAAAAAAAGUUUAAAAAAUUGACAACUCUAUGUAUCGCUAUCACUGAUGCUGCUUCAAAGUCAAAUAAAAGCUUAACCAAAAUGGAUCUCAUGCAACUUAUUGGAAGAAUAAUUAGGCAUUCUUCAAACCGAUUCAAGAGAAAAUCCACCAAUAUCGAUAUCGAUCAACCAUGGCUUAAUUAACUUCAAUCAACUAUUGAGUUAUUUAUUUAUUUUGCAUUUUUCAGUAAUUUUCUUUUUACUUAUAAUAUACUAUCGAUUAUACUUUACAAAAUAUAUUAGUUUUUAAUUUGGAAAGUGUAACUUUGUUUGAAUAAUUUUUCCAAGUUUUUGUAAAAUUAAUAAUUCAUUUUAAAUAUAUGAAAUAACACUUUAUGAACUUUGAUUUCUCUUUAUACCUUCACUUGCCAUCUAAGGUGUGUAUUGUAUAUCAUUGCAUUUUUAUAUAACUUUUAAUAGAGUGUUUAGGUAAAUUUACGUCUCUAGGACGUCUGAAUAAGACGUCCUUAAGUCUUUCACAUGAGACCUGCCAGAGACGUCCAUAGGACGGCUGAAAAGACGUUUCUAGGACGUCUACAAUAAACGUCCCAAGGACAUCUUGAAAAGACGUCUUUAGGACGUCUGUAAUAGACGUCCUCAGGUCUUUCAUUUGAAACCAACUAAGGACGUCAUACGGACGAGACUUGAGACGUCUUAUAAACUUCUUCAAUAAAACACCCGUCAUACGGACGAGACU